UACUGAAAUGUGAAUAAUGGAUGAAUUGGUGAAAUAAAUAAUGAUAAUGGAGUAUACUUCUACUUUUCUUGUUCUAGCUCAGCUGGUCAACUCAGUGAGAGCUUUGAGUUGUGUUCAGUGCAACACAGAUGUCUCUGCAGUCUGUUCUUUAAACCCUCCACCUCCCAGAGAUUGUACCUCCGAUUCGAAGUUUUGCCUGACUUUAAAAGAGUUUGAUAAAGUAAAAGAUGAGAGAAAACUUAUAUUCCUUGCAAGGACCUGUGUUCAGGAUAAUUCUGGUGAUGUCUGCACUGAGGGAAGGAGAGGAAACAAAACCAUAAUAAUUUGCAGAGAGCACUGUGGCAAGGAUUCCUGCAAUACGAGUGAAAAAUGUAAAAUACAUUAUUUUCUCAUCUUUUUUAUAUCCUUCAAAUAUUUAUUGCAUAAAUAAAGUG